AUGGCCGUCGACGAGUUUGUUUCUCGCUCCCACAUCCUUCACCGAUCCUUCACAGAGAGCCCUGCCAAGAUCAUCGCCGGUGAUGGUAUCAACUUGAUCCUCGAAGAUGGUUCUCGAGUGAUAGAUGCAAGCUGUGGCCCCUCUGUUUCUUGCUUAGGUCAUUCGCAGCCCGAGAUCACAAAAGCAAUCGUGUCUCACCUUCAAAAUGAUAUCGCAUACGUCUAUUCGGGUUCUCCAUAUACGAAUGGCGCCACGGAGGAGUUAGCGACAAUGCUCCUAGCCAAUAAGCCUGGAGGUCUCUCAAAGGCCAUUUUCGUUAACUCGGGGAGUGAAGCGACUGAUGCUGCUCUUAAGUUAGCUGUGCAGUAUUGGCACGAGAAAGGACAACCGCAGCGAACCCACUUUAUCGCACGCAAACAAAGCUAUCAUGGUAAUACUAUCGGCGCGCUGUGCGUUUCCGGUCAUGAGUCACGACGGGCCUACUAUAAGGAUUUCAUGUCGUCAAAUGUCUCGUUCGUUGAUCCAUGCUACGCCUAUCGGAUGAAGCACGAUAACGAGUCUGACCAGUGCUUUGUGGAUCGCCUCGCGCGUCAAUUUGAAGAUGAAAUUCUUCGCGUGGGACCUGAUCGAAUUGCCGGAUUUAUUGCUGAGACUGUUAGUGGGACUACUUUGGGCUGCUUGACGCCUGUCCCCGGGUAUUUCAAAGCUAUUCGAGAUAUCUGCGACCGGUACGACCUUUUGCUGAUUUUGGAUGAGAUUAUAUGCGGAAUGGGAAAAACCGGCACUAUGCAUGCAUGGGAGCAAGAAGGUAUUCGCGGCCCUGACAUUCAGACUAUUGGCAAGGCGCUCGGGGCCGGCUUUGUUCCUCUGUCUGGAGUCUUGCUCCACGAAAAGAUUUUCGAUUCUCUGUCGGCCGGAUCAGGAGGCUUAGCACAUGGCCACACUUUUCAGGCUCAUCCUCUUGCUUGUGCGGCCGCUGUUGCAGCUCAAAAAAUAAUCUCCCAGGAGAGACUUGUCGAAAGGGCGAACUCCAGGGGACAGAAACUUGAAGCCCUGCUACGGAAGGAAAUCGAACCUCUUCCGUUAGUAGGGGACAUUCGAGGCCGUGGCCUGUUCUGGGCCGUUGAGUUUGUUCUUAGCAAGGACGACAAGACGCCCUUCCCCAUCGAAGCCAACUUUUGUUCUCAGGUUGUGAAACAAAGUCUGAAGAUGGGAUUGAAUAUCCUUGGAAAUCUCGGGCAUACUGGUGAAUACCAGGUUGAUCACAUUAUGCUUUGUCCACCAUACACUGUCACGGAUGGAGAGCUGGAGGAGAUUGUGGCUAUAUUGAAAGCUGCUAUCAUCAGAACGGGCCAGCCUUUUAUGGAGAGUUCUUAA